UUCCCACGGAAAACAAAGCUGCAGUGCCUAACAAUCAAUACGAAGGCGAGUGAAACCUGGUCAACCAGUUCCCAAUGUGACUGAAGGGGGAAUGUCCCCGAGACACACUCCGCUGAUCAGCAGAUGGAGUGGGGAUGUUUCACUCAUCGCGUUGCUAAACCCGCAUAGUAGAGUUGCUAGUUAGCCACGAAUCAGUGAGUCCAGUGGCACAAGGGACGGAUUGGCAUAUAAAGACCUUUCUUUCUUCCCCGGGAUAUCUUUUGUCAGUACACAAUCCACACCAACCAUCGACUAAGUAUCUUUACCAUUCACACACCCUCCCAACCACCACCACCACCACCAUGAAGCUCCUUGCCCUCCUCUCCGCCGCCGCCGGUGUCUCGGCUCUGCCCCAAACCCAGCAGGCGCAGGCCAACUACAACUCGUUCUCGGUGAUGUCCGCCCGCUCCGGCUCGCCCGUGCACCUGCUGCCCUUGAACGCCGCCUCCGGGGGCUUCUACCUGGGCCUGCAGAACGCCUCCAGCUACUGCCCGGACCAGGUCGCCAAGCUGGGCGGCUGCCCGCCCGGCACUGAGACUGUGUUCGAUGCCGGUGCCAACUCUUUGGACGUCUCCGUCCCCGGCGGCCAGCAGGUCUACAUCGCCCCCAGCGGCGCCCUGGCCUUCACCCAGCCCCACUCCGCCUACGUCCCCGCCGGCUCCGUCGUCGGCGCCUUCAGCUACUCCCAGACCGCCGGCUCGACCUUCGGGUAUUGGACCCUGCCCAACAGCGGCCUGAUCGCUUGCCCUGUCCCCGCCGCUGUCUCGUCGUCCGCUGCUGCCCCGUCGGCCACCCCCGCUGCGGGUGCCGCUGCUGUCACUGCUAGCAAGUGGCAGGUCUUCGCUGCUUGGAGCAACGCUACCGUUCCCUCUGGGAAUGUUGGUGACUGUCUGGGCUUUGAUGCGUUGGCUGUUGGUCGCAAUGGGAGUGCGGCUGCUUGGGAGUAUAUCUAAACUGCUUCCCGUUUGGCAAAAUGGGACUAUACCCAUGGGUGAAUGUUUAUAACCGAGGGAAUGUGGGGAAGGGAGUGCAUGAUUGGUAAUGGAUAUGUAUAUGAAUAUUGGUCGGGGAGCAGGCCCUGUGUUUAUAAUGAAUUAUGCUUCCUUUUUUGAACUGGGGUGUGAUGAGGUGGUGGUAGAGUACUGUGUUCGUAGUUGGGUGUAGUUGGGAAGUUGCUGGUUUGGUCUCUGGGUUAUCUGAUUAAGAUUAGGUUUGGGGGACACGGGGUGGAGGUUAGUGGCUUGUGGUUAGCCACCUUCUCUCUGAGUUCUUCUAGUCUGGGGUACUAUGGGUGUGCUGCAAACUGUAGGGUCUAUCCCUAGCAUCAU